CUAGCUGCGUUGGCGUGUGGUUUCGUCAUGAGGCUGUACGCGGGGAUGGAGGAUAAGGGCUUCCUCAGGCAGCUCCACCUAGUGGGCCUGGUGGCACAGUUCGAAAGCCUGCUCAGCACCUACAGUGAGUACUCUAGUAGGGUCAAAGCUCAACUGUCUUACACACUGAUCUAAGGUCUUUUUGCAUUUCCACCCAUAACAGUGGAGGUUAGGAUUGAGGGAAGGUAAGCUCAUCCGAGAUCUGUGUGUAAGGGUAACUUUUACCCAAUGUGAAAGGUCCUUCAUGACUAACAAAGAGCACAGGAAGUUGUAUAACUGGGACCAGUAAUGACAGAACGGAAAUUGACAGAAAACACUUCUAGACAAAAAUAACACGCCUCUGUAUACUGUGGCCAAGGAAAGGAUAUUACAAAGAUAAGCAACAAAUGGGAAAAGACGUCACAACAAGGAUAAGAUGAUAAGGGUCUGGGCCCGGUUGCAUAAAACAUCUUAAAUGUUAAGGAAUACGUUUCCCUUACCUACUCAUAUACAAUUCUAAAUAGCCAACAUACAAAAACACUAUUUGUAAAAAGGUAUAAAUUAUCAUAUUAUCACAUACAUACAUUUUCAUUAUGUAAUUCUCAACAUAUCCCUAAAAACAGCAAGUUACAAUGUUUUCCUUUGUUUACACUCUGUGAACGAACGUUCGUUGGUCCUGUUGACUACCACGGGCUAGCUUGACUGGAGCUAACUUUAGCUGACGUUAGCUUCUAUGCUAACAAAGCUUUUAUAAAUGAAUUAAACUAUCAAAAUAUUAUCAAAAAAGAACAACAAUUAUACCAUUUCACAUCAUAUGCUUUAUAACUCACUCACCUAGAGCGAGUGGCUCCCUCUGCGGGCCGAAACAAGCACAACAUCCCUUGACUAUAAAUACUGUAAAUGAUUACAACAUGCCAAAGAUUAGGCUAUCAUAUCUCUCACAUUCUCUCACAUUUCAGGUUGGCAACACAGGGAACUCAAACAUGAGAAAAACUGUACUUUUAAUACAGAAACUAUUGCCAUUUUUCACAGCAACUAUUGCCCUUUUUCUUUGAUAUUACAGACAAACUAGGACCAACAAAUGUAGCCUACCUCUGACUUUAUCAGAAACUUGACCAUACUGGUAUAUAAAUUAAUCAAUAUAAUGCCAACCAACCGCUUUUGACCUUGGGGGGAUUAUUAAUUUAAUGUAUUUUACUGCCAUUGUACUAACGUAACGCACAAUUAAUAAAGAUGGCACCAUAGGAAAAAAAAUAGUACCAUUUGUCAUAAUUGUGACAUUACCAUGAUAGAAUGCAGUUUAAAACCAUUAUAUUUCCAUGAUCCACAUCUAUACCAUGGUAUAAAUUAGGCAAAUUCCAUGGUAUUAUUUAGGUACAAUGGCAAUUCCAUGGCAGUACCAUCAUACUUCAAAGCUAAAACCAUGGUACAUUUCCAUGAUUCAGAUCUAUACCAUGGAAUAAAUGAUGCAAUACCAUGGUCAUAUUUAGGUACAAUGGCAAUUCCAUGGCAGUACCAUCAUACUUCAAGGCUAAAACCAUGGUACAUUUCCAUGAUUAAGACUAUACCGUGGUAUUAGUGCAAGGACCAUAGUAUUACCAUGGUAUGAAUGAAAGUACCAUAGUAGUACCAUGGUAAAUUUUUGUAAGGGAUACUUAAGGGGGUUUAUGGUAGUUUGAAGGCAUGUUCUUCAGAAAGAGUAUCUGGUUACCAUGGAGACGGCCUGAUUCACUGACUAAAAGUCUCAUCGAAGAGAUCACAUCUAUUUUGUGAGAUAGCAAAAUACUGUAGAACUUCUACGAUCAAGAUAAUAAACCACUUUUCAUUUAGUUACUUUUUUCUGAACUUGUUUCUAUUACUUUCUAGUACUUCAAGCUAUCUUACAGAGUAUCUAGCUAACUAGCCAGUUAGCUUUGUAGCUAUGAAUUGUGCAUCUUCCAUUGUUUAGCUAUGUAGCUAGCUGGUUGAUGUUUUCCUUUUGUAACCAGGGCAGAUUUAAGCAAAAUUCACCUCCCUAAAUGCUGUUUACAUUGAUAUCCAUACUGAAUGAAGCAGCUAUGGGACCUCAUGGGCACCCUUAACUUUUCACUUAAUUUAAGGGGGGAAUUAACCUAAAAAUGAUUUGUGCAACUGACUUAAAGUUAAGGAAACUUUAAGGGGAAAUUGUACUUACAGUGAGGGAAAAAAGUGUUUGAUCCCCUGCUGAUUUUGUACGUUUGCCCACUGACAAAGGAAUGAUCAGUCUAUAAUUUUUAAUGGUAGGUUUAUUUGAACAGUGAGAGACAGAAUAACAAAAAAUAAAUCCUGAAAAAACGCAUGUCAAAAAUGUUAUUAAUUGAUUUGCAUUUUAAUGAGGGAAAUAAGUAUUUGACCCCCUCUCAAUCAGAAAGAUUUCUGGCUCCCAGGUGUCUUUUAUACAGGUAACGAGCUGAUAUUAGGAGCACACUCUUAAAGGGAGUGCUCUUUAUCUCAGUUUGUUACCUGUAUAAAAGACACCUGUCCACAGAAGCAAUCAAUCAGAUUCCAAACUCUCCACCAUGGCCAAUACCAAAGAGCUCUCCAAGGAUGUCAGGGACAAGAUUGUAGACCUACACAAGGCUGGAAUGGGCUACAAGACCAUCGACAAGCAGCUUGGUGAGAAGGUGACAACAGUUGGUGCGAUUAUUCGCAAAUGGAAGAAACACAAAAGAACUGUCAAUCUCCCUCGGCCUGGGGCUCCAUGCAAGAUCUCACCUCGUGGAGUUGCAAUGAUCAUGAGAACAGUGAGGAAUCAGCCCAGAACUACACGGGAGGAUCUUGUCAAUGAUCUCAAGGCAGCUGGGACCAUAGUCACCAAGAAAACAAUUGGUAACACACUACGCCGUGAAGGACUGAAAUCCUGCAGCGCCCGCAAGGUCCCCCUGCUCAAGAAAGCACAUAUACAGGGCUGUCUGAAGUUUGCCAAUGAACAUCUGAAUGAUUCAGAGGAGAACUGGGUGAAAGUGUUGUGGUCAGAUGAGAUCAAAAUUGAGCUCUUUGUCAUCAACUCAACUCGCCGUGUUUGGAGGAGGAGGAAUGCUGCCUAUGACCCCAAGAACACCAUCCCCACCGUCAAACAUGGAGGUGGAAACAUUAUGCUUUGGGGGUGUUUUUCUGCUAAGGGGACAGGACAACUUCACCGCAUCAAAGGGACGAUGGACGGGGCCAUGUACCGUCAAAUCUUGGGUGAGAACCUCCUUCCCUCAGCCAGGGCAUUGAAAAUGGGUCGUGGAUGGGUAUUCCAGCAUGACAAUGACCCAAAACACACGGCCAAGGCAACAAAGGAGUGGCUCAAGAAGAAGCACAUUAAGGUCCUGGAGUGGCCUAGCCAGUCUCCAGACCUUAAUCCCAUAGAAAAUCUGUGGAGGGAGCUGAAGGUUCGAGUUGCCAAACGUCAGCCUCGAAACCUUAAUGACUUGGAGAAGAUCUGCAAAGAGGAGUGGAACAAAAUCCCUCCUGAGAUGUGUGCAAACCUGGUGGCCAACUACAAGAAACGUCUGACCUCUGUGAUUGCCAACAAGGGUUUUGCCACCAAGUACUAAGUCAUGUUUUGCAGAGGGGUCAAAUACAUAUUUCCCUCAUUAAAAUGCAAAUCAAUUUAUAAUAUUUUUGACAUGCGUUUUUCUGGAUUUUGUUGUUGUUAUUCUGUCUCUCACUGUUCAAAUUAACCUACCAUUAAAAUUAUAGACUGAUCAUUUCUUUGUCAGUGGGCAAACGUACAAAAUCAGCAGGGGAUCAAAUACUUUUUUCCCUCACUGUAAGGUGUUUUAUGCAACCGGGCCCUGUUGCCCGUUUUGUUGCCCAGUGUAUUUCUACUACUAUGACCAGAACAGAUUGUCUACUCCAAAUGAACAGGAAGUAACCUCUAAUUGACUAAUUGGUGUUGCUGUUACAGGUGAGGAGAUUGGCAUGCUGGAGGACAUGGAGGUGGGCAUCUCAGACCUGCACCGGGUGGCCUUCAAGAUCACCCAGGCCAAGACAGACGACCCCUGUGACCUGCAACCUGUAGUCAUCGGCAGGCGGUGAGACUCUAUUACCCAGCAUCCUUUAACCAUUGGUUUUGUCAUUACAAGGGAGAUUAGAUACUGUGAAAUUGAGGUUUGAGGACAGCUUGGGGACUUCAUAUAUCAUAUCAUACUGUAAUACAGAGUUAUACAUUAUUAUUGAUCCCAACUUGGCAAAUUGUUUUAUCAGGUGUAUAGCUUUUCCUAAUCUCUCAUGGACAGAUCUCCGUAAACAUAACUGGUACCGUAUAAUCUGUCAGGAAGGAAUGGGAUGGGUGGGAUAGUGAACAGCAGUAGUUCCGGGGUUUGGGUUUUUCGGCACUGGUUAUUUGGACAAAUCAUGAAUUCGCAGGUGUUAGCAUCUUUCGAAUUUCGGAUGGGGAGGGGACAUUCGGCCUGUAACUUGCAAAGAGAGAGGGUGGAGCUCUUCGUUCUGGUUCCGCUCCUCGUUCUAGUAUCUCUUCUCUUAACACGUAUGGACCCAGAACUUGAUCGAGCAGCUGACCAAUUACGUGAGACUUUAGUUCUGGGUUAACCAAGAUUGAGCUUUUCCUAUUUCACCAAUUUUACCUACUGAUUGAGGUGGUGUAGAUGGUAGUCAACUUUUUCCGAAAGCAAUAGACAUACUGCAGUGAAUUUGGGAGGUAACCAGGGUUGAAAAGCCCUUACAAACAUUUAUUCUCCAUCUGACAAUAAUUAAUAGGUUGGCUUCCACAUGACUUACAGUAAGCCAUUUCCAGUUAUCCUGGCUAAUCUACUUCAAGUCGAUUUGUAAUAAUAAAACACCUGUAUUUGAUUGGUCGUGACUCGUAUCAUUAUUUGGGGAUAUUCAACUGGAGCCUGAUUGUGUUUGUUUAAACAACUGAUCCCGUAUCUCAGUAACGGGAGUUGCAACACAUUUCUCUCCAUGCUGACUUGUGCUGUUAACCAAUAAACCUGUCAGAUGGGUGAUAAAUAGUUGUUUAAUACUAUCAUAACAAGCUAUUCCCCAGUGAAAGUCCCUAAGGCCCAGUGAAAGUUGUUUGGACUUCGCGUUAUCCUACUUACUGUAACGUCAGACUCCACCAAGCCUCUGUUCAGGCUUGCUCUCAGCUUUGAAGCGUUAAAAGAAUGGGUGAGAAGUGCUUCAUAGUUGAUAUGUGAUGUCCUGAUUUCCACGCAUAUCAAAUCUCUGUUUACCCUUUCUCUUUCACUCUUCACUCCUCGCUCCCUCCCUCCUUCCUUCAUUCUGUCCCUCCUUCCUUUGUUCCCCCAACUCUCUCUCUCCCUCCCUCCUUCCCAUUCUCCAUCCCUCCUAACUCCCUCCAGCGAUCAUUAUACUGUAGAAGUGCCAUUACCGCGGCUGGCCUUCCAGACGUUACCCCAUGAGAUCAAGGAGGGCAAGGCGUUGCAGGUGUACCCGGUGCUCUUCAAC